GAGGAUGGGUGGAAGUUGGAAGAGACAUCUGAUUUUAUUUUGAAAGUCCCAAUCACGAGCGUUCCGGUUUGUCCGCGUUAACUUUACGAUAUGUGACGGGAGUAUCUGUUUUGUACCGUGUCUACGGAGCGAGCACUGGUGAGGAUCAGUCAUCGAGGCAGGUGGAGUCUCCCAUCCACUCCCCGGUGAAGGAACACGGAAGAGGGGACACACCUUCCCUCCGUGUAAUUUAGCUUUAGCGUGCGUGACGGGAUCGAGCCCGACCAUGACUUCGGUUUGGAAACGGCUCCAGCGGGUAGGAAAGAAAGCGUCUAAAUUCCAGUUUGCGGCUUCGUUUCAAGAGCUGAUUAUAGAAUGUACAAAUAAAUGGCAACCGGACAAACUGAGAGUGGUGUGGAUCAGAAGGAGCAGACGUCACAGCACAAAGCUGCACAGCUGGCAGCCAGGAAUUCAGAACCCCUACAGAGGCUUGGUGAUCUGGCAGGUUCCAGAGAGUCUAGAUAUCACGGUCACACUCUUCAAGGAACCAACUGCAGAGGAGUUUGAAGACAAAGAAUGGACUUUUGUCAUUGAGAAUGAGACAAAAGGAUGUAAAAAAGUGCUGGCGUCAGCUGAUGUCAAUAUGAAGAAGUAUGCAAGUGCCACACCAGCCCAGUACGAUUUAACACUGACGCUCAAACCACUCUCUGUGAAAGUGGUGGAAGCCACACUGAAACUCAACCUGUCUUGCAUCUUUCUCAGGGAAGGCAAGGCCACGGACGAGGACAUGCAGAGUUUGGCCAGUCUUAUGAGCAUAAAACAGAACGAUAUCGGUAAUCUGGAUGACUUUAAUGACAGUGAUGAUGAAGUCAGCGAAGAGAGAAGGUCAAACUUUGGAACAGGACAAAUGACUUAUGUUACAGCCUCUGCUUCCUCCACUGAAAGAGUUCAUGAUCUGGCCUGGAGGCCUGUAGUUGAAUCAGGCCCCACAGUGACCUCAGAGACUGAUUGGAAAAGGUCUUCUGGCAUUUCUUCCACCUUUUCAGCACCAUCGUAUCCUCUCCUGUCACUGCCAGUCCCUGAUCCAUCUGCUCCAUCGUUCUUAUUGCAAACCCACGCACAACCGCCAAGCACUACCCAGCCAGCUCGGCCCUCUCCCGAUGCCUACUCAUUGCCAGCCUUUACACACUCUCACCUUCCUGUACUCCCCAAAAUCUUCCAGCACACUGUUGGAUCAGCUCCUCAAAGGCCCCAAAGCUUCCAUUUUGGCUCCUCUUCAACUGAAGGCUUGAAGGCCCAAGCCUGUCCUAGUGCACGUACAGAGCAGAGUGGUCCUUCUUUUUCCUCUGUUUCCUCCUCAUCAUCCUCAGCUCUACUCAGCUCUUUCCCUAUACCUCCACCACGUCCUGCUCUCAAAGCCUGCUCCACCUCUGAAAAGCUUGCCCCACCUCUGCUAGAGUCUGAUAUGGGGUCUGCCCAUAUCAGACCUACAAGUCUCCCGUUUUCCCCAGAGUCAGCUUCCUGGCAGACUGAAUGGAGGCCUCCUAAAUCUCAGGUCCCUCUAGCACAGCUUGCCCACUCUCCCACGUCUCUGCAUCCCUUUGUCAGUGAUCCUGGACAAGCUGCACUUCUGCAGAAAAAGCAGAGACUAGAGAUGCCAUCUUCAUCUUCUCCGCCCACUGCUCAGCCUUUAGAUGAGAAACCCAGCGGAGGGUCUGGAUAUGUUUCUUUUUGGAAACCUCAGGUCACAUCUGCAUUAGAGACCCCCUCACCUUCUCUGCAUCUUUCCUCUUCUCUUUCAGUCUGUGAACAUGAUGCAGAGUUCAAAAGACAGCUGAGCACUCUGAAUGAAGAGGAUAACCAGUGCACGGCACCCACAGCCUCUAACCCUGGAGGCCGAGCCAGCCAAAGGUCAGAGCAGGUCAGAGCUUCAGAGAGGAAAAGAGAUACAGCGUUUGGACUGGACACUGCCAAAGCAUUAGCGGGUGAUGAAAACAUGGUUUUACUUCAGUCCACAUGUUCGAUUGGCGCUACAAAACCACUAUUCCAAACCCAAGUUAAAAACACUGAACAGCAACCACAAAAACCUCCAAAUAAUAACACCAUUCAAUGGGAAGAGCUACCAAAAAUGACUACAGAAAAUUAUCCUGCAGACAGGAUCAUUCUGUGGGAAGAGCUACCAAAGGUGACUACAGAGGAAAUUAGAAAAGCACCACAGAAAGACAGUGAGACGAUGAAAGAAAUGGCUGACACGCACCCAUCGUUCACCUGUGCAUCCAUGUUGAGCACUGCUGGGGAUAAAAUGGAGACAAAUAGAAAAGCUGGGAUACUGUUGCCUGGCCCAACCAUCAGCAGCACAUUUGGAUUUCCUGCUACUUCUAAACAAACAACUGAAUCCCUUUUGCACAAUGAAUCUACUUGGAAAAAGUCAUCAAAAGAAUUUGAAAUUGCAACCACAGAACUUGGUCUUCACCCAGAAGGACACGUAUAUCUAGAAAUAGAUAAAAACGUUUCCCAGCCUAGUGCACGAUUUGUGCAAAGUUGUGUGACGCCUGAAACUGGCUAUAAACAGGUUAAUUUUUUGGAAACCUGUUCCAGAUUGACAAACAUUGCUGGCAUGCCAUCCAAAAUGCCACUAGAUGAUGAAAAACAGUGGCGUGUUGAUCGAAAGCUAAUCUGGAAGAAACAAUCUCAAAUACAGGGAAUAUUACCACCAUCUUCAUUAGAUGAGAAUGAAAGUGAGAAGAAGGAAAUGGUUUCACUGGCACGCUCUUGCCCCAGGAAGGCUAGAAAUCCAGGAUUCCCAUCUGUAUCUCAAUACAGUUAUGCUUUUCUUCCAAAAAGUCCAGUGGAUAUAAAUCACUUUGGUCCAGAUGUAUCUGGCUCAGAAUCUGUUGUUGACAACAGAUCAAAGAUAUCACAAGAAGAAUUUAGUGCCUUGACUGAAAAAGAAGUGUUACUAGGAGAGAAGGAUGGAAUUGAAAAACUGGGAGUUUUGACGCCAACAUGUCCAGAGAAUUCCUCAGUAACAGACAUCACCGUGAUUCCACAAUCUACUAUGGUAAAUUGUGGAUUGGCUAAAAACAGCAUUUUAGGUUCUUGUCCAAAAAUCUCUCUAAUUGAAGGCAUUCCCUCAUUAUUGGAGAAUCCUUUCAGUAAAAAUUGGAUAACAGAUUAUAAACCUUUAGCUGUAAAACAAGCAAAACCCAACAUAGUAAUGACUGAAUAUAGCCUUGACCAUGGUGAAAUGAAGGUAAUGUCAACUUUUGCCUCGAUUUGUCCAAAAGAAGCUUCUGUCCCAGGAUUUCCAUCUGUUUUUGCACCGACAGUAAUCUGUAAUGAGUCUAGAAUGCUCAGUCUCCUUCCAUCUUCCCCCACUGUCUCCAGUAUAGCUGGUUUUCCAUCAUUGCAGAAAGCUGACAGCAAAAACUGGAACACCAUUCAUCAGCCAUUGUGGGAGAAGCCGACUGAAAAGGAGCUCGUGUUAGUAAUGGAGCUCGAUAAAAUACCUAAAAACAUGAAUGGAAUUGUUUCUCUUGCACAAAGUUGCUCAAGGAAUUCGUGCAUCUUUGGGUUUCCCUCUGUGCCAAAUCCCAGAUUGUAUAAUGUUGCAGAUAUGACAGAUAUGCUCAGUCUUUCAUACUCAUGCCCCAAACUGUCACAAAUAGCCGGAUUUCCAUCAUCUUAUGAUUUAAAAGACUGGAUAAUAAACAAGGAACCACUGUUUGAACCAAGAAUAAAAGAAAAGCAGAUGGACAGAGAGAGCAAAAUGAAAAGCAAUGAGAGAGUAAUGAAAUUGAUGGUUUUCCUUGUACCAACUUGUCCCAAAGUUUCAAGUAUUCCUGGUUUCCCAUCUGUUCCAUGUCCCAGAAUUCAUGGCCUGAAUAUGGUCAACCUCCUUCCUUUGUGUCCAGUAAUUUCUACUGUACCUGGAUUUUCAUCAAUUGAAUCACAUCUGAACGUGGGAUGGCCAUCUGAAACGGAUUUAUUGAUGCACAGACCACAAAGGAAUACUCAUCUUAGCAUAAUCGGCUCACCAGUGAUCAUAGACAAACCAAGCCACAUGCUUCCUUUAGUUCCAUCUUGUACAAGAUCAUCAUUGAUUCCAGGCUUUCCUACUGUCACUAAAUACAAUAUCCUAAGUCUCCUACCUGCUUGCCCGCAAGUAUCAAGUUUGCCAGGGUUUGCCUCACUCAAGGUGGACUUAAAAUCCCAGUGGCUUUUAGAUCCAUAUACUUUGCGUAAAAAUCCAAAGGAGACAGUUUUUCUUAAAGAUGUUCCAAAUCAAAAUGCAGAGAUUAUGCAUUUAAUGGCCCCAGCUUGCCCAGAAAACUCCAGAAUCCCUGGAUUCCAGUCUGCACCCCAUUACAAUUCCAACAUUAAAUCCAGAAUAAGUUUUGUACCUUAUUGCCCCAGUGCUUCAAGUAUCAAGGGAUUUGCAUCCAUGACUCCAGUACCAAGCACAGGUUGGCUAAGUGAAACAAACACAAUUUUGUCAAGGCCUCAGAAGAAAAUGGCAGAAAUGUUUGUGGUACUUACACAACAGGACAAGUCGGAUUCCUUCAACAUAAAUAUGAUAGCACAAGUGGGAUCUUGCCCCAAAAAAGCCAGAGCAUCCGGUUUUCCGUCUGCUCAAAUUACAAACAAAUCACCAAAUAUGGUCAGCCUCAACUCUUCUGCUCCAUGUGUUUCAUGCAUCCCAGGUUUUCCAUCAGCCAGAAGGCAUAGUGCUGAAUCUAUGAACAUACAAACCGUGGCCACAUUCAACAAGAUCUUGUUGAAAAACCUACACAAUAAAAGAAAUAGCAUUGCAGAGUUUCCUGCAAAACAAGACCAUAAACAAGAUGAAAUUAAGAACAUGGCAGCAAUGGCUCCAUCGUGUCCAAAACUCACUCAAAUUCCUGGGUUCCCCAGUAUUUUGCAAUUGAAUCCAAUUGCAAAAACAAUGCCUGUGCCACCUGCAACUAAGAAGCAGAACUUGCAAGAAUUACCUCAUGCAGAGUCAUAUCUCAAAGACACAGGAAAUCCUGGUGUUUCCUUUGCAUCUGGUAGCCGUCCAAGCACAGAACUUUCAUAUGAGGAGAAACUUAAAAUUGGUGCCAAGCAAAACAUAGAUGUUAAUGUAGAUAAUAGAGAAUCUCAAAUAGAGAGGACAGCAGGAGAGGAAGACCUAACGGUGAAGAAACCAUUGGAAAGAUCUGAGCUGGUGGGAAUCUUAGGUUGGGAACUAUUGGAAGCUGAAGGAACAAUAACAGAAAAAAAAGGAGAAUCCUCUCUAUCAGAAAAGGAAAAAGAUAUCUCUGGAUUAGUGGGUGCUAUUGUGGGUGUUUUCCACAAAGGUUACGAAACUGUAGCAUCAAUCUUGGGGCCAUCAAACUCUGCAUUAGCUGAAGUUGAUCACCAACCCAAGCCUCUCUCUUCUUUGGAUGCAACAAUGACCCCUUCGGAUGAGUUUUUUCAAGUCUUUACAAAUUGCACCACUCCCAUCGAGGGCAGGUUUGAGGCUUCUCUCGGCCAUACCACGGAGCAUACAGAGGAAAGAUUACUCACAGGGAAGGUUGCUGUUCAUACACCAGUGUGCACUGAAGGUUUACUUCCAAGGCAGCAGACUGAGGUAGAACAGGAUGAGGUUAGAGUGGUGUUGUCUUCUUGUCAGCUGGAAAAAGGCCCUGAACAAAUAAGCAUGGAAGAAAAUAAUGCUACCUCCCAGAAGCCCACAUCAAAUGAGACACUAACAGAUGCCACUAAAGAUAGAGAAGUCAACUUGGAUGUUGUCUUGGAAGAAGCCUCACGUGAUCAAAACGUUAGUUCAGAUGGACCACAAGGUGACAGUUCAGUACCGCAGCAAGGGAGGAAGCCAAAAAGAAGAAAAGUUCAAGACCCGCCACAGAAAGAGUGUGACAGUGAAAACGCAGUUCCUAAACGUCCUCUUAGAAAGAAAGAUAGUUUAACCCGAGACCACAAACCAAAAUUUAAGGGUGUAUCUGUCAAGUGCCUUCCUGAAGUUGUCCCAGUGGAGUCAUUAAACAAGGAUGCUAAUGCAGAAGUAAUAUCUACACAACCUGCCACCUACCCAAGCCCACUCAAAACAACUGACAAUAUCAUCCCAAAGCCAGAGCUUUGUGAGAAAACUGGCACUAUUUCAAUCAUUAAGAAGAUACAUCUUCCUUCAACUGAGACUGACAAGAGAAUUACGCCACAGAAUGUAAAUGUUACAGUUACGAAUUCUGAUAAACCAGUCCACUUUGAUAAAGCAGCAGUUGGUGAUAGGCAAGAACUAAGUCAACCAGCAAUAACUUGUGAUGCAUCUAUUGAUGCACUUAAUAUUAAAACUCCUCAGAAGUCAGAGGAUGCACCCGUGACUGCAGAAACUGAAAGCUUAACACAAACAACUUAUUCUAUCCCAAAGCCUUGUAUGAAUAUACAUUCCAGUGGCACUUUUUCAGAUACAGAGAGAGCCUCUAAAGCUUAUAAUGGAGAACAGGCACAUUCAGCAAAGCAUGGUAACCCUUCACACAUUUCUUCAACAGCUAAAGAACUGUCAGUGGUGGAACAUAAUAAAGACCUUCCUCUUCUUUCCCCAGUUUACCAAGCAGAAGUAGUGGCUGGUGUACACUUAAGGAAAAGCAGAUUAACCAAUGAGGAAAAUGUUCAAGCAGAGGAUAAUAAUUCUUCAGAAUCGCCAGUGAAACUCUCAUGUUUGCCAGUGCCGAAACCAAGAGUAAAGAAACGUCUUAGUGAUUUUUUCCCAGACGACACUGAAAUCUCAGAUAGUUCAGCUGUCACCAACAAGGAAUCAAAGGAAGGCCCACCAUCACUGGAUUCAAGUACGAUAUCUGAAUUAGGUUUUGUGACAGUUCAUCAAGAAUAUGACAAUACAUUACAAUUGGAAAAGGAAGUUCUAGCAGCAAUGCAAGAAGAGUUUAGUCAGUCAGGUGGAGAUGAUACAGAGCAGGCUCUCGGUGAGACCACUGAAGGCUGGACUUUUACAGAGGAACACGUUUUUACAGAUCCCUGUGAGAAGGCUGUAGAGGCGGUAACUGAACAGUAUGUAGAGAAAGUCCAGGAAGCAAAGACCGAUAGGCACCUUGCAAGUACUGUUGCUUCUCAGGAUGACUGGCUGCAUCUAGACGAUAAUAAAGAGAGUGAACAAAUGGAAAUUGACCUAAAAAAGGAAAAGAGAGAUGAAGAGUUGGACUUUGGCUUUGUGUCUGUCACUGCAGGUUGUUCAGAGUUCAGGCAAAAGGAAACACGAGAAGAAUUAUCAGGUCAGCCUGUACUGAUGCCUCGUAAUAAGAAGCGUUUGAGUUGUUCUUCCUUAGAUGAAGGCAAGUCACAAGUUGUUGCCCUUGAGCAGGACAGGAAACCAACAACAUCUGCAUCUCAGGAGCUCUUCCACUUCAACCUCACCACCACGAUAGACAAGUCCCAAGAGCUGCCAAAAGAUGUCAAGGACAAGAUUGUAGACCUGCAGCUUAGUGAUGAGGUGAUAACGGUUUGUGUGGUUUAUUCAGAAAUGGAAGAAAUAUAAAAUGACCCUCAAUUUGUUUUGGUCUGGAGCUCCAUGGGAUCAACUAGACCGGCUGUGUUUGGCAGAAUAGAGAUGCUGUAUAUAACCCCAAGAACACAAUCCCACAGUUAAGCAUGGAGGUGAAAAUAUUAUGACUCUGUAUUUGGGCAAGCUCUAAAGGAUGGACGACUAGAUUUACCAGAGGACUAAGCAGGUUGUUGUGGAUAAAAUAAAGGGGUCUACCACAGGCUGGCAAGGGCAAGGUUGAUAACUGAGGACACCUUUGGUACUCUGGCUCUGCAGUGGUCAAUGCACAUUGUGUCAUUGGCUCAGGUAAUACAGAUGCCUAUUCUCUUCUGCUUAUCCAAUAUAUUGUCCCGGGGCGACAGGUUGCACAGGGGUAACACAUAGAGACAAAGAACCACUCACACCUAUGGUUAAUCAUCAAUUAACCUAACCUCACUAACUGGGUGGCUUUGGACUGUGGGAGGAAGCUGGAGAGAACCUGCACAAACACAGUGAGAACAUGGAGACUCCCCACAGAAAGUCCCUGGACUGAUCAUGAAGUUGAACUCGGGACCUUCUUGCUGUGAGCCAGUAGUGCUAACCACUGCACCACUGUGCUGACCUGUGCAGGAAACAGAUUGACAAAAAUAUUCAGUACUCAGUUCACUAAGUCGAAGGAACUUAGUGACUCUAAGAAGGAGGAACUGCAGAUUUAAAGUGGGAGACCUGUCACCAUUAGAUGGGAGGAAACUUGUUAAGAUGCUCAGUAAUAACCAAGGAACCACUAAACUUCAGGCCCUUUUUAACAGUCAGACGAGAUUAAGAAUGAGCUUCUUGGCCAAAAUGAUAAGACUUAUAUUUGGAGGCGUAAAGGUGAGGCUUUUUAACCGAAGAGCACUGUUUUUCUGCCAGUGGGACUGGUACACUACACAAAAUGGAUGUAAACAUUAAGGAGGAGAAUUACCUUCAAAUGCUUCAACUUUACCGCAAUUCAGCACGUACAUAGGUAUCACUUGGACACAGUUGGGUGUUCCAAUAGUGAUCUCAAACAUGUGUCAAAACUGGUUUUGAGAUAGAAAAAGCAAACUAACUUUAAGAUGAUGUCCCGUAGGAAAAUGCUUAGUCAUCUGCAUUUAACCCAUUCACUCAGUGAAGCAGUGGACAGGAUGAAUCUACCAAUCAGGAGCAGUGUGUAGAGAUGCUACCUUGUUCAAGAGUACCUCAGGGUAGCCGUUCGGUGGAUUUGAACCCCUGACCGUCUGAUCACUGGGUGAACACCGGUCCUACUGAGUUAUCCCUGCCCCCUGACUUCAACCCUACUGAAAAGUUGUUGACUACACUUAAAAGCUCUGUCUGUGCCAGGAAGCUGACCAAAUUAACUCUACAAAUUCUGACAAGAAGAGUGGCCAAAUAUUCAGUUAGAAUUAUGCCAGAAGCUUGUUGAUGAUUAUAAACCAUCAACCAAGCUAAAAGACCUUUAGCCAACUAUUAGUGGGAGUGUAUGUACACCCAACCUAUUCAAAUGGUGGCCUAGUAGCGACCUCCAAGUGCCGCUGUCCAUGGUGCUGCCAGAAACAAAGUAAAAAAGAGAAAAACAUGUUUUUAAAGCCUUCAGUAAUUCCAACAGAAAUUCCUGCAGCUUAGUGUAAUAUUCUACCCACAAUGCAGUGUGUUGAUCAAUUUGAUCAAUCAAUCAAUUAAACCUUUAUUUGUCACCUGCAAAGUUUGCACCUGCAGUGAAAUUAGACCCACCUGACCAUACAUACAUAGCACAGACAUCACAUGGGAAGACAGGUCGGAGACAGGUAGUAAUUUGGGAAAACAGCGAAAUGUACAAUACACUGGGCAAAUGGAGGAGGGAAAAAGAGAGACCUCUACUCAUACUGGGCAUACUGGGCUCCUUGUGGGAGGUCAGCAUGAGAACAGAAAACAAAAAACACUCCUCUGCACAGAGAGCACAUACAUCUCCACAUCACAACACCAUGAAGCACAUGACAAGCAACGGCGGUGGGUAAGGGGGCGAGAGGUGAGCCGAUGUAGACACAGCCAUCUUGCCCUGCAGCUUUUCUUCCAGCACUGGGCCCAGACCUGCCGUCUGACUUCGGCCUUGGAGAUAAGCGUUCAAAGGCGUUUGGAGUCAAGGAUGGGGGUGCGUAGGAUGGGAACGAAGAGUCUAAACACAGUCUGUUAUCAAGGAGGACGUUUUUGUUGUUCAGCUCCAGCCUUGAGACCGCAGCUGGCGCCGGUAUUGUAGCCGUAUGAAAUGAAGGUGGUUUCCUUUAGUGCGAACAACUGCAUGUCAAUUUUACAGUCGAUCUAAAUGUCCGUCACUGGUCUCUCAAUCUCCCGUUGCUGGCUUUAACAGCUAAAGAACUGGCUUUAAUCUUUAAAGCCAGCUCUCACCCUAAACCGUUAUCAUGGUUCCAAAAAGGUAGAUGUCUUCCAUGUCCUCGAUUGACAGUCCGGCCAGGCACACGACCCUCCACGCUCUCCCGAACCCAGGCUUCUUGUUGAGAAGAGGGUGUCAAAUGCAUUCAGGGACCAAAUCCAUAAUUCCUGUUUUAGGUUUUAGAGAAGCUGGUUUUAGUGCUGACACACACCAGUUCCCUGACGUUAAGAAAGUAGAAGCUUUGAAUCAAGCUUUUCACACAUGAACUCUGUUAAAAUCAGCUCUUGUUGCUCACUGACUGACAGUACUCUUCAUCUUUGCCUUUGGCUUGCACUGACUCAUCUUAUAAGUCAAAAUUCACUUUCCUGGUUCAGAAAAAAAACGGUAACGUCUCCCUUUAGGAACGUCAGGGUAACUGUAUCCUA